AUGCUGCAAACGUCCAUGCAGGUCACUCUCAAAGAGUUUGCUGAUCACGUUGCUCCUACUCUGCUAUUGGCAUCGUACUGCGUUCGGUCCUUUAUGGAUGAUAUUGCACAAGGAGCUAGUUCUGUAAACGACAGAGACCUCCUUGCCGAGGGAGUGAACACCACGAUCACUAAGAAUGGCUUCUCUGAGCAGCGACCUAAGAGGAUACAGAAUUGGGUGAACGGCGUGGAUAAUGAAGACGACAAAGCCGGGGCGCUGUUUGGGGUCUUGUGGAACCCGCAGACGGACUCCUUAUCACUGGCGGCGGUCCCUGAUCUCGGUCAUGCAGGAAGUGACAAAGGCCGAUCAUCGAGUCUUACACUGCGUAAAUAUAUCUCCUGGUUGAACUCUCACUUUGACCCGAUGGGGCUGAGGCUUGAGGAAGCCAUGGCAGGUAGGCAGUUGCUGCGUACAGCUGUUCGUUCGGGCAUCUCACUCGAUGAUCCUUUCCCAGCUGAGCUUGUGAACAGGGCUCGGGCGUUACAUGAUACGUAUGAAACGGCUCGAGCAACUCCUCGAUUCGUAGAGGGCGAGACUCUCGUGGUUGCAUGCGACGCUUCACUGGUCGGUUGGGCUUGCACGGUGACUGACUGCCAGGGUACUAGACUCUAUGCGCGUGGAGGUCUGCAUGACGCCGGGCACGUACCUUAUCUCCACACCCACAUGGAGAUUCACAACAACAUUAUCGUCUGCAUGACGCCGGGCAUGAAAGCUGGAGUAUACCACGGCUUGAGCUCUAUGCAUUGGUAG